AUGGCCAAGUCUUAUGUCUUGUUAGGCUUGCUCGCUGCCACCCUUGCCAGGGCGUCUCCUUUCAACUCUGACUCAGUCAACCUGCACCCACAUUACUACAAUGACGGCCCGACAACCGGCGUCACCAGGGAGUAUUGGUGGGAAAUCACCGAAUUCACUGCUGCGCUAGAUGGAGUUGCGCAAUCUGUCAUGGCCAUCAACGGCAGUAUCCCAGGCCCUACCCUCUUCGCAGAUUGGGGAGAUACCGUUGUCGUUCACGUCACUAACUCCAUGUCCACCAACGGAACGAGCAUCCACUUCCACGGGAUCCGCCAAAACUACACCAACCCAAACGACGGAGUCAGUAGCAUCACGCAGUGUCCGGUUGCCGCAGGAUCCUCCAUUACGUACACGUGGAAAGCCACCCAAUACGGCACUACCUGGUACCACUCUCAUUACGGUCCGCAGGCUUAUGACGGUGUCUUUGGCGGCAUCGUUAUCAACGGGCCUGCCUCUGCCGACUACGACGAAGACCUCGGCGACAACCACCUGAUUAACGGCACGAACAUCUACGUUGACGGCGACACAACAGUGGGCUCUCGUUUCAAUGUGUCAUUUACCGCGGGGACGUCGUACCGCGUGCGCCUCAUCAAUGCUGCGAUGGAUAUUUUCUUCAUGUUCUCCAUCGAUAACCACACCAUGGAAGUCAUUGCGAAUGGCUUGGUUCCUAUUCAGCCGUUCAACACGAGCAUCGUCAGCAUUGGCAUUGGCCAAAGGUAUGAUGUUAUCAUCCGUGCAGACCAGUCCGACACUGCGGACAACUUCUGGAUCCGCGCCGUCCCCCAGACCUCCUGCUCUUCCACCACCCCCGGACGCUUGCUACCGGUUCUGAGGUCCGUCGCCGCGCAGGAAGGCCUGUGCGUGCGGGUGUGCGACCGCCUGGCGGGUAUGGCUGGGCGCGGGCUUCUUCUCGAGCUCGUUGAGCACCGAUUCGAAGACUGCGCGACCUGUGGUGGGGGGUGGAAGGGGCGGCUGGUUAGCGAGGGGUUUGGACUCUGGUGUCACGUCAUCGUGUGCGAUGGCGAUUCCACGUGCGGUGGUGGGCCGGCCAGGCUAGUAAAUUCGGGCGUCGGCAAGGGCGCGCGUAUUGUGGAGCUACCACCCGAAGGCAUCGGUAAGAACCACGAAGGUACUGAGCGGCGCCGUGCCCUAGGGGCCGUGCGUGCCCUCGAAGCAGUCGCUGUAUACCCCGAGAGCUUGCAGCGCAAGCUUGAGACAAUAAUGUACAAAUGGCGGAGGAAGGAUUCUAUCCCGUAG